AUGCUAAAAUAUCACGGCAGCCCUUAUUUAAUAUUGAUUGUUAUUAACAUCGAAUUUUAUCCUAAUAUAAGAUAUGGUGUAAUAAAUUUGGAUAAACCUGCAAAUCCAUCAUCACACGAAGUGGUAGCUUGGGUUCGCCGCAUCCUUCGAGUAGAAAAAACUGGACAUAGUGGAACACUUGAUCCAAAGGUUACUGGUUGUUUGAUAGUGUGUAUAGAUCGUGCAACGCGUUUAGUAAAGUCACAGCAGAGUGCAGGAAAAGAAUACGUCUGUGUAGUGCGACUCCACAAAUCCAUCGAAUCCGGCCUGAAACUCGUAAAAGCACUUGAAACACUCACCGGCGCACUAUUUCAACGCCCACCACUAAUAUCUGCCGUAAAACGGCAACUUCGCAUUCGUACAAUUCACGAGGCGAAAUUAAUUGAAUAUGAUGAUGAUCAUCAUUUGGGUGCGUUCUGGGUUAGUUGUGAAGCUGGCACUUAUAUUCGUACAUUGUGUGUACAUCUUGGUCUUUUGCUCGGUGUCGGUGGGCACAUGCAGGAAUUGAGACGCGUGCGGUCUGGCGCGAUGUCUGAAAAUGAUAACAUGGUGACAAUGCAUGAUGUGUUGGAUGCUCAAUGGACAUAUGAUAAUACCAGAGAUGAUUCCUAUCUUCGCCGAGUUAUCCUUCCUCUAGAAACACUACUUACCUCAUAUAAGCGACUAGUUGCCAAAGAUAGUGCUGUGAAUGCGAUUUGUUACGGCGCAAAAUUCAUGAUACCCGGUCUACUUCGAUACGAAUCAAAUAUUGAAGUCAAUGAAGAAGUCGUGAUAAUGACGACUAAGGGUGAAGCUAUUGCGCUUGCGAUUGCUAUGAUGACGACUGCGGUGAUGGCUACUUGUGAUCAUGGUGUUGUUGCUAAAGUUAAGAGAGUUAUUAUGGAACGUGAUACAUAUCCAAAGCGAUGGGGUCUAGGACCCAAGGCCAAGCAAAAAAAGAACUUGGUCAAAUUGGGGAAACUAGAUAAAUAUGGACGCGUAAAUGAAGCGACGCCCGAAGACUGGAAAAAUUCCUACAUUGAUUACAGUGAGAAAAAUAACAAUAAUCAGCAGGAAACAAAACAACCACAAACAGAAUCAGCAUCAACGCCCCUUAUACAAGAAAUAAAGAGUGAGCAACAUAUUGAGAUUGAACUUCCUUCUGCGACGAUCGAACCACCGGAAUCAACAGGACUACUAGAAGAAACUACUGAUGAAAGCAUCAAACAUACUAAAAAGAAAUCGAAAAAAAGCAUCAAAAAGGAACCAUCAAUUAAAAAGGAAGAAGAGCAGGGCGCGACUUUUAUAACUGCUGUUACAACGAUGACGACGAAACCGGAUGAUGAUGAUGCAGCUGAGAAAAAGGCCCGAAAGAAGGCCAAAAAGGAAAAGGAAAAAGAGAAAGAGAAAUCUGAGAGUUCAUCCAAGAAAAAAUCUAAAUCUAAAUCUGACGCAGAAAAAUCUCCCGAAAAGAAGAAAAAAAAGAAGACCGAAGAUUCUGAAUGA